CAACAUUGACGACGACGUGCCGCACCUUCUUUUACCAUCACACUAAAGAUAAAACCCAGCGGACACGUCUACACCCCACAAGCACCCCCUUCUGUCCUUCUCUUGAUCCCCCCCCUCACUAGUCACUCUACAGGCCAGAUUGCGCAACAAUGGCGGUGGGGAAGAAGGGCAAAAAGGUCGGCGGCCUGCUUUCGAGCAGCGGCGUGUCAAAGCCCUCCAAGGUCGCCAAGGCCGACUGGUCGGAAGGCUUUCAGAAGAAGAAGACGGCGGGCGUGCAGGAUAUGACGCUGCUGAGUACGAUCACAAACGAGUCUAUCAAUGAGAACCUCAAGGCGCGGUUUCAGAACCAGGAGAUCUAUACCUACAUCGCACAUGUGCUUAUCUCGGUCAACCCCUUCCGAGACCUCGGCAUCUACACCGAGGCCAUCCUCAACACGUACCGCGGCAAGAACCGCCUCGAGAUGCCACCCCACGUCUUCGCCAUUGCCGAGGCAGCCUAUUACAAGAUGACGACCGAGAAGGAGAACCAGUGUGUGAUCAUCUCGGGCGAGUCGGGUGCCGGCAAGACCGAGGCCGCCAAGCGCAUCAUGCAGUACAUCGCCGCUGUGAGCGGUACCGAGAGCGGGUCGGGUAUCGAGGGCAUCAAGGAGAUGGUGCUGGCUACCAACCCCCUUCUCGAAAGUUUCGGAUGCGCGAAAACGCUGAGGAACGACAACUCUAGUCGACACGGAAAGUACCUCGAGAUCAUGUUCAACGACCUCGGCCAGCCCGUCGGUGCCCAGAUCACAAACUAUCUCUUGGAAAAGAACCGUGUCGUCGGCCAGAUUAAGAACGAGCGCGACUUCCACAUCUUCUACCAGUUCACCAAGGGCGCUAGUGCCCAGCAGCGAGAGGAGUUUGGCCUGCAAGGCCCUGACGCGUACGCCUACACCAAGAAGAGUGGAUGUCAGGACGUUGCGAGCAUCGACGAUGUCGCCGACUUUAGGGAGACCCUGCGUGCCAUGGACAUCAUCGGUCUUACCCCCGACGAGCAAAACUCCAUCUUCCGCGUCCUCGCCACAAUCCUCUGGAUCGGUAACGUCGAGUUUGUCGAGGGCGACGACGGCAACGCUACGAUCGUCGACCCCGGCGUCGUCGACUUCGUCGCCUACCUCAUGAACACCGACUCGGCCACCGUCUCGAAGGCGCUCCUCACCCGCAUCAUGGAGACUCAGCGCGGCGGUCGUCGAGGAUCCGUAUACGAGGUUCCCCAGAACGUCCCACAAGCCUCGUCUGGUCGUGACGCUCUCGCCAAGGCUCUUUACAACAACCUCUUCGAGUGGAUUGUCGGCCGCGUCAACGUGUCGAUGAAGCCCCAGUCCCGGCACUCCUACGUCAUUGGUGUCCUUGAUAUCUACGGUUUCGAAAUCUUCCAGGACAACAGCUUUGAGCAGCUCUGCAUCAACUACGUCAACGAGAAGCUCCAGCAGAUCUUUAUCGAAUUGACGCUCAAGGCCGAGCAGGAGGAGUACGUUCGCGAGCAGAUCAAGUGGACGCCCAUCAAGUUCUUCGACAAUGCCGUCGUGUGUGACCUUAUCGAGGGCAAGCGUCCUGCCGGUAUCUUCUCCACCUUGAACGAUGCCACUGCCACUGCCCACGCCGACCCCUCGGCUGCCGACAAUGCAUUCAUGCAGCGCUCCAACAUGCUGUCGUCCAACCCCAACUUUGAGCCCCGUGGCAACAAGUUCUUGAUCAAGCACUACGCCGGCGACGUGCUCUACAACGUUCCUGGCAUGACCGACAAGAACAAGGACACGCUCAGCAAGGACAUCCUGACCCUCAUUGAGGGCGCCAAGGACCCCUUCCUUCACACUCUCUUCCCCGACAAGGUUGACCACGACUCGAAGAAGCGUCCCCCAACUGCUGGUGACAAGAUCAGGCAAUCGGCCAACGAGCUUGUUACCAACCUCAAGCAGUGCCAGCCCCACUAUAUCCGUACCAUCAAGCCGAACCAGAACCGGUCGCCCACCGAGUAUGACGACAAGGCCAUUCUCCACCAGAUCAAGUACCUUGGUCUGCAGGAGAACAUUCGUGUCCGUCGUGCUGGUUUCGCGUACCGUGCGGACUUCCAGAAGAUGGUGGAGCGAUUCUACCUCCUCUCGCCGAGCACAUCGUACGCAGGUGACUACAUCUGGGACGGCGACGCGAGGUCGGGCUGUGAGCGCAUUCUCACCGACGCCAAGAUUGCCAAGGACGAGUGGCAGAUGGGUGUUACCAAGGCGUUCAUCAAGAACCCCGAGACCCUCUUCUACCUUGAGGGCGAGCGUGAUCGCUACUGGCACACCAUGGCCAGCAGGAUUCAGCGCGCAUGGCGUGCGUACGUCCGUCGCAAGCACGAGGCUGCGACCAAGAUCCAGCGUUUCUGGCGUGGUCAGAAGGACAACCUUGUGUUUGCGGCCAAGCGCGACUACGGCCACCAGGUGCUCGCUGGAAGGAAGGAGCGCCGCAGGUUCUCGCUCCUCGGCAUGCGCAAGUUCAUGGGCGACUACCUCGACGUUGGUGGCCGUUCGCCUCAGGGCGAGCUCCUGCGCGGUGCCGCCGGCAUCAGCGCGGCUGAGACUGUAGGCUUCAGCUCGCGUGGUGAGAUCCUCGUUUCCAAGCUCGGUCGCUCGAGUAAGCUCAGCCCGCGCUUCUUCAUCGUCACGGACAAGGCGUUUUACAUUGUUGUCUCGGCUGCCAAGGACGGCCGCGUUUCGACCACCCUUGAGCGCAAGAUCCCUCUCUCGACGAUCCGCGCCAUCUCGAUGACCAAUCUGCGGGAUGACUUCAUCAUCCUCAACGUCAACCCGUGCGAGGAGGGCGACCCGGUCAUGACCUGCGCGUUCAAGACUGAGCUCACAUGCGUCAUCCUCACGGAGGUUGGUGGCAACCUUUCUGUCAACAUUGGCCCUACGAUCGAGUACGCCAAGAAGAAGGACAAGAAGGCGUCGAUCAAGGCCGUCAAGGGUGGUGGAGUUGGCGACGCGGUCUACAAGAGCCACACCAUCACUGUUGGCCAGGGUGAGGCCCCCAACAGCGUCUCCAACCCCAUGCCGCCGCGCAAGCCCAAGGCCAAGAAGGCGCCUAAGGCCGCCCCGGCGGCCUACGCUGGACGGUCUGCGAACCGCCCUGUGGCUCGCCAGCUCCCUGGUGCUACCAAGCCCUCGGCUCCCGACGGUAUCCCUGCUGCUGCUCCUGCGGCGGUGGCAGCUCCUGUAUCGACUGGUCGAGCUGCUCCUCCUGCCAACCUGGUCGCUGCACUCGGUGGCGGCAGAGCAGUUCCUCCUGCCGCAGGCGCUGCCCGCGCUGUGCCACCUCCCGCCUCUGGAGGACGCGGUGCACCUCCACCCCCGCCCCCUCCGCCUCCACCUCCCGCCGCGCCGGCUGCUCCACCAAAGGAGCUGUACAAGGCGCUGUACGCCUUCCAGGGUCAGGACGGCGAGAUGUCCCUUGUCAAGGGCGACGAGGUCGAGGUCAAGGAGAAGGACGACAACGGAUGGUGGAUGGUUGUCAAGAAUGGGCAGGAGGGUUGGGCUCCAUCCAACUACCUCAAGCUCAUCGAGCAGCCUGCUGCCCCUCCUCCUCCGCCCCCAGUGGCCAAGCGCUCCAUCCCCGCGCCGCCUGCCGCGCCCGUCGCACCCGCAGCGGCCGGCGGCAUCGCUGGCCUCGCGGCCGCGCUCAACGGUCGCACAAACGGCAGCGGGGCGUCGACGCCUGGGUCUUCGCCAGGCGGCUCGCGCCCCACGUCAGCGAUCGGAGGCCGCGGCGCACCACCCGCGCUCAAGGCCAAGCCCGUCAUCCCUCCCAAGCCCGGAGCGAAGCCGGCGGUAGGCGGCAAGCCUCCUGUCCCCGCCGUCAACCGGGCACCAGCGGCGGCGGCAUCUAGCGGCCCCGGGCAGGUCAAUCGCCCUGCUGCUGCUGGCGGCCAGCUGGACCUUGCUGCUGCUCUACGCAAGCGGGCUGCGCAGCAGCAGUAGAGCGACACGACUGUUACGCUCCUGAAGAUAGAUUAUUAAGUAAAGGAACUUGGCCUUGUACGAGUAUCUAGUAUG